GUCUGGUCCAGAUCCUCCGCUCCUCCUCAGCUCAACACACACAUCCAUUGUACACAAACGGGCAGGCGGCUCACGCAUACACACGCACUCACACACAUACACACACAUAUAUAUACACACAUGCACAGCAUCGAUCGUGGCUCCUUUAAGAAAAGCCUAAGCCAGAAUUAUCACCCCACCUCCUCUUGAUCUCCUCUAGACGCUUUUGCAUAAGAAAAUCAAGCCGGGAGCCGAGAGUGAUCAAAGAAAACCAGAGGAGAGCUGCUUUAUUUUUUGACUGUGAUUGUGACCAUUAACAUUUAGCUGGUGCCGAUCCCGUGGAGACGCGCGUCGGACCAUCAUUCAUCCGGUACUUUUGACAAGCCCUCGCGUUUUGACUGACAGGCGGAGUGACAAAAAGCCAUGAGAGUCGCCACUUUUGUUUGAGGGGCUGUUUUAUUUUCCUCCUGGUUUCGGAAAAGGAGCCUGGCUGCCGCUGCCCCGAGGAUAGCCGAGGACCUAUUCGCCGCGCCUGGGCUAAACUUGCGCAGAAAGCAGGGGCUGGCUUCACCGUUCCGUGGAAGAAGAGGCAUACGGGAUUUUGUUGCUGAAACAUCUUCUCAUUUAUUUGGAUUUUCUUUCUUCAUUUUGUCUCCACCCUGGCCUCAGAGGGGAUUUAUCUAAACUGAAAGGACGACCAAGGGAGUCAGGAGGGUUAUGGCGCAACGGUACGAAGACUUGCCCCACUACGGGAUGGACGGGGUGGGCAUCCCGACCACCAUGUACGGAGACCCGCACGGAGCCCGCUCCAUGCAGGCGGUGCAUCUGAACCACGGGCCCCAGCUGCACUCGCACCAGUAUCCGCACACCGCCCACACCAACACCAUGCCUCCCAGUAUGGGCUCCUCUGUUAACGACGCUCUCAAGAGAGAUAAAGACGCUAUAUACGGGCACCCCCUGUUCCCCUUGCUUGCACUGAUUUUUGAGAAAUGUGAAUUAGCGACGUGCACCCCCAGAGAGCCCGGGGUGGCGGGCGGAGACGUCUGUUCAUCGGAAUCUUUCAAUGAAGACAUAGCAGUGUUUGCAAAACAGAUUCGGGCAGAAAAGCCUUUAUUUUCAUCGAAUCCAGAAUUGGAUAAUCUGAUGAUUCAAGCCAUUCAAGUUUUACGAUUUCAUCUUCUGGAGCUGGAGAAGGUACACGAGCUGUGUGAUAAUUUCUGUCACCGGUACAUCAGCUGCUUGAAAGGCAAGAUGCCCAUCGACUUGGUCAUAGACGACAGAGAGGGCGGCUCCAAAUCAGACAGCGAGGAAAUCACAAGAUCAUCAGUGGCCCUUGAUCAGACGUCCUGGAACAGAGAUCACGAUGACACGGCGUCCACACGCUCUGGAGGAACGCCGGGACCGUCCAGCGGCGGACACACAUCACACAGCGGGGACAACAGCAGCGAACAGGGUGAUGGCCUGGACAACAGCGUGGCUUCGCCGAGCACAGGGGAUGACGAUGACCCGGAUAAAGAGAAGAAGCGCAACAAGAAGAGAGGGAUCUUCCCUAAGGUGGCCACCAACAUUAUGAGAGCAUGGCUCUUUCAGCACCUUACACAUCCCUACCCUUCAGAAGAACAGAAGAAACAGCUAGCGCAAGACACAGGCCUCACCAUCCUACAAGUGAACAACUGGUUCAUAAACGCCCGGAGGAGAAUAGUGCAGCCCAUGAUUGACCAGUCAAACCGUGCAGUAAGUCAAGGAGCUCCCUACAAUCCAGAUGGCCAGCCGAUGGGGGGCUUCGUCAUGGACGGCCAGCAGCACAUGGGAAUCAGACCACCUGGAGCGAUGGGUGGAAUGGGCAUGAACAUGGGCAUGGAAGGUCAGUGGCACUACAUGUAGCCCCGCCCCGGUCUGACCAAUCGCAACACAAAGGAGGAUAACUGCAGGGCCAACCGGGGGAUCACCUGUCUCACAGAGGCCUACGGAGCACGGGAACAGGACUCCUUGCCUGAUGACAACAACCAACAUUAACCCCUCUGUCCACCUCCAAGACCCAACAUUUUAUUCGGCUGAUUUCUGCAACAUGGACGCCUUCCAUGACUGCCUUCAACCCUUCCAAGUCUAUGUGUCCAGCGACGGUGAUGCACAGAAGAUAAAACUAUGUCCACACCAGAUGAUGCCCUGUCCCGACUGACCCCUGCUUCUUCUUCUCUGGUGGGCGAUAGACUUCGCCCCCUUGCCACUGCCCACGAGGUUCACAUGGACUCCUCCAUUACAAGUGAUUGUGAUUGCGAUUGCGAGCAUAGACGACACACGAGAGACACACUGUGUCCUUUGCCUGUACCUUUGGCGAAUGCAGCACCUGGUGAUAUAUUCUAGACUCUUUGGUAAACAAGAGCGAGAUCCUGUGAAGAGCACUCCACUCUUUGGGACGAUGGAAUUGGACCAAGGAGAAGCCAAUGUCUGUAUUUGACAGGACACUAACAAAGCAAAAGAGGUGCCCUUUAAAAAAUGUAGUGGAUUGAAACAUGGAAGGAGGGAAAGCAAGAGAAAAGAAAUAAAAAGUAUAACUAUAUCAAACCCUAGUUUGGGAAGCGAGUGGAGAAAGAAAAUAUACUGUAUACUGAUGUAAAAUUACGCUGGACUCUCACAAGAACUGGGAAUUUAAGUAUUGUAAAUGCUAUUGUAUUGUUCUGCAUAUUAUGUUGUUUCUAAUAGAUUUUUUUAAAAAAGGAUGUGAACUUUUUUCUCUUUUUUUCUGAUUUCUUUCCACACUAUGUGUGUGCCGUCUCCAUCAAAUUUGACCUCCUGCCCCCUCCCUUCAUUCAAUCACGAUGCAUUUUUAAAAGAAAAAGAAAGUGAAUAAACGGACAAUUCGAUCAGUU